AGUUCUACGCUCUACGAGACAGGGGGCUGCGAGAUGUCACUUGUGAACUUUGAGCCAGCUGCAAGAAGAGCAUCCAACAUCUGUGACACGGACUCUCACGUAUCGAGUUCUACCUCAGUUCGCUUUUAUCCACAUGAUCUAAUCAGGUUGAACAGGCUGCUAACCAUGGACACGGAUCUGCUGGAGCAGCAAGAUAUUGACCUGAGCCCUGACCUUCAGGACCACAUGCAACCUCAAGAGGAAGCAGCUCAAAAAGUCAAGCAGUACUAUCGCUUUUGGAUCCUGCCCAAGCUUUGGAUUAGCAUCAGUUUUGAUAGAUUAACUCUUCUGGCUUUAUUUGAUAGGAAUCGUGAGAUCCUUGAAAACGUCUUAGCUGUCAUCCUAGCUAUUCUAGUUGCAUUUCUGGGCUCUGUACUUCUUAUAGAGGGCUUUUUCAAGGAUAUUUGGGUCUUCCAGUUCUGCCUGGUAAUAGCCAGUUGUCAGUACUCGCUGUUGAAGAGCGUUCAACCAGAUUCUUCUUCCCCCCGACACGGUCAUAAUCGUAUCAUAGCCUAUAGUAGGCCUGUAUAUUUCUGUUUAUGUUGUGGUCUUAUUUGGCUGUUGGAUUAUGGCAGCAGAAACAUAUCUACAACAAGAUUCAGGUUGUAUGGAAUGGCUUUCACCAACCCAUUGCUGCUGCUGUCAGCCAGGGACUUAGUUAUAGUGUUUACACUAUGUUUCCCUAUAGUGUUCUUCAUUGGUCUUCUGCCUCAAGUGAAUACAUUUGUGAUGUAUCUCUGUGAACAGCUGGAUAUUCAUGUUUUUGGUGGCAAUGCUACCACAAGCCUGCUUGCAGCACUUUACAGUUUUAUCUGUAGUAUUGUGGCAGUAGCAUUGUUGUAUGGACUGUGCUAUGGUGCCCUGAAGGAUUCUUGGGAUGGGCAGCAUAUUCCAGUUCUCUUCUCCAUAUUUUGUGGUUUGUUAGUGGCAAUAUCGUAUCAUCUCAGCAGACAAAGUAGUGACCCUUCUGUGCUUUUCUCUUUAGUGCAAUCAAAAUUUUUUCCUAAUUCUGAAGACAAAAACCCUGAGGAUCCUCUGUCUGAAGUCAAAGAUCCUUUACCUGAGAAGCUUAGAAAUUCUGUGAGUGAGCGACUGCAGUCUGACCUGAUCGUGUGUAUAGUCAUUGGUGUGCUCUAUUUUGCAAUUCAUGUCAGUACAGUAUUUACAGUUUUACAGCCUAUUUUAAGUUAUGUCCUCUAUGCAUUGGUGGGUACGGUAGGCUUUGUGACCCAUUAUGUUCUGCCUCAACUCCGAAAGCAACUUCCUUGGCAUUGCUUUUCUCACCCACUGCUGAAAACCAAGGAAUACUAUCAGUUUGAAGUCCGAAAUGCUGCACACGUUAUGUGGUUUGAGAAACUUCACAUUUGGCUCCUUUGUGUAGAGAAGAAUGUUAUCUAUCCACUGAUAGUCCUCAAUGAGCUUAGUAGCAGCGCUAAGAAUAUUGCUAGCCCAAAGAAACUGGAUACUGAGUUGGGUGCUUUAAUGAUCACAAUAGCUGGCUUGAAGUUACUGCGUUCAUCAUUCAGUAGCCCAACGUGCCAGUAUGUCACUGUUAUUUUCACAGUGCUCUUCUUUACUUUUGAUUACAAAAGUUUUACUGAGACCAUGCUGCUAGAUCUCUUCUUCAUGUCCAUACUCUUCAGCAAGCUUUGGUUACUCUUUUAUAAAUUGAGGUUUGUAUAUACCUACAUUGCUCCCUGGCAGAUCACAUGGGGAUCUGCCUUCCAUGCUUUUGCCCAGCCCUUUGCUGUGCCACAUUCUGCAAUGUUGUUUGUCCAAGCAGCUGUGUCAGCUUUCUUCUCUACUCCAUUGAAUCCUUUUCUGGGAAGUGCAAUAUUCAUCACUUCAUAUGCCAGGCCUGUCAAAUUCUGGGAAAGAGACUACAACACAAAGCGUGUGGAUCAUUCAAAUACAAGACUGGCUUCACAGCUUGAUCGAAAUCCAGGUUCAGAUGAUAACAACCUGAAUUCAAUCUUCUAUGAACAUUUAACCCGUUCCCUUCAGCACAGCCUAUGUGGAGACUUGUUGUUGGGUCGGUGGGGAAACUAUAGUACUGGGGACUGCUUCAUCCUAGCCUCUGACUACCUCAAUGCACUAGUACACCUUAUAGAGAUAGGAAAUGGCUUGGUCACUUUCCAGCUGAGGGGGCUUGAAUUCAGAGGAACUUAUUGCCAGCAACGAGAAGUAGAGGCCAUCACUGAAGGCGUAGAGGAAGAUGAAGGUUUUUGUUGCUGUGAACCAGGCCAUCUUCCUCACAUGCUUUCCUUUAAUGCUGCCUUUGGGCAGCGGUGGCUGGCUUGGGAAGUGCUUGUGACAAAGUAUGUUCUGGAGGGUUAUAGCAUCACAGACAACAGUGCAGCUUCCAUGCUUCAAGUCUUUGAUCUCCGGAAGAUUCUCACCACUUACUACGUGAAGGGAAUCAUCUAUUAUGUCACAACAUCUCCCAAGCUGGAGGAGUGGUUAGCUAAUGAGACAAUGCAGGAGGGGCUGCGGUUGUGCACAGACCGCAAUUACGUUGAUGUAGACCCAACGUUUAACCCCAAUAUUGAUGAGGAUUAUGACCACCGUCUAGCAGGGAUCUCCAGAGAGAGUUUCUGUUUGAUCUAUUUGAACUGGAUAGAAUACUGCUGCUCUCGAAGAGAAAAGCCACUGGAUUCAAGUAAGGACUCACCCCUGGUGACAUUGUGUUAUGGACUGUGCGUUCUGGGGCGGAGAGCGUUGGGAACAGCUUCACAUCAUAUGUCUAGUAAUCUGGAAUCUUUCUUGUAUGGCCUGCAUGCCCUGUUUAAGGGUGACUUCCGUAUAUCUUCAAUCAGAGAUGAAUGGAUCUUUGCUGACAUGGAACUGCUGAGGAAAGUAGUGGUUCCUGGAAUACGAAUGUCACUUAAGUUACAUCAGGAUCACUUCACUUCUCCAGAUGAAUACGAUGAUCCUUCUGUCCUUUAUGAAGCCAUAACAACCCACGAAGAAAAUCUGGUUAUAGCCCACGAGGGGGACCCUGCCUGGCGUAGUGCAGUUCUCUCCAAUUCCCCCUCCCUCCUUGCUCUGCGUCACGUAAUGGAUGAUGGCACCAAUGAAUAUAAAAUCAUCAUGCUGAAUAAACGUUAUCUCAGUUUCAGGGUCAUUAAGGUGAAUAAGGAGUGUGUGCGUGGCCUCUGGGCAGGACAACAGCAGGAGCUCGUCUUCCUGCGUAACCGUAACCCAGAGAGAGGAAGUAUCCAAAAUGCAAAACAAGCUCUGAGGAACAUGAUCAACUCCUCUUGUGACCAGCCUAUUGGGUACCCAAUCUACGUCUCACCUCUGACUACUUCCUACUCAGAUAGCCACGAACAGCUGAAGGAGAUUCUCGGAGGAGCUAUCAGCUUAGGAAACAUCAGAAACUUCAUAGUGUCUACAUGGCACAGACUAAGGAAAGGCUGUGGAGCUGGCUGCAAUAGCGGUGGAAACAUUGAAGAUUCAGAUGCUGGAGGUGGAGCUUCUUGCACAAGUAACAAUGCAACUAUCAAUGAGUCGCAGAGCAGCAUGUCGCAAGGAGGGGGGAAUGCAACUACAGGGCAGGGACCUGGAGCAGUACAGCACCCUCCUGUGGCAGCUCAUCCCGCAGCUCUUCCUGCAGCUCAUCCACCAGCUCAUCCCUCCACUCUGGGCACCAGUCACAGCUCUCACUCGGUGCAGUCCAGCCUGGUGAGACACUCCCCUGCCCGUGCCUCGGUAGCCAGCCACUCGUCCUACUGCUACGGCAGCCGCCACUCGUCCCUCCGCACGUCCGCCACGGGCUUCGUGCCUUGCCGCCGCUCCUCCACCAGCCAGAUCUCCCUGCGGAACCUCCCCUCCUCCAUCCAGUCCCGCCUCUCCAUGGUGAACCAAAUGGAACCUACUGGCCAGGCUGGGGUCAGCGUGCAGCACGGACUGCCCUCUUCCAGCAGCUCCAGCCAAAGCAUCCCAGCCUGUAAACAGCAUGCCCUUGUGGGCUUUCUAGGGACUGAAGGAGGGAGCAAUUCAACUGACUCUCAGUCGGGUGGUAAUGCAAGCCCUGCAAAUCAAAUGCAAGCCAAAAAGGAUGACGUUAUUUACAGAAUCCAGUUAAUGGAUCCCAGUCAAGUACUGGAAGGGAUCAACGUGUCAAAAAGGAAAGAGCUGCAGUGGCCAGAUGAGGUGAUACGGCUAAAAGCUGGAAGAAACAGCUGGAAAGACUGGAGUCCUCAGGAAGGCAUGGAAGGCCAUGUGAUUCACCGCUGGGUGCCUUGCAGCAGAGAUCCAAGUAGUCGGUCCCAUAUAGAUAAAACCAUCCUGCUGGUUCAAAUUGAAGAUAAAUAUGUUGCUGUUGUUGAAACUGGAGUCCUUGAACUUGGGGCUGAAGUGUAAAUCUCUUUGAGACUGAAACUUCCCUUUCUCCAACGGUUCAGAAGAGAGAAGGGUCCAGAAGAACCAGCUCCCAGGACAUGAAACUUCAGUCCAGUUGUAGGAAAGGACUUGAAACACACAUUUUGUCUAAGUCCCUUUUCCCAAAUAAACAAGUGUAAGAAAUUUUUUUUAAGUUGUUAGCUGCUGAAGAAACAUUUGCAUGAAGGAUAGAUUUGUUGAGACAUAUCUUUUUGUUUAUAAAUUUUGUUUAUGCAUUGCGUAAUGCUUUAAAUCAACAAACUUUUCAGUUCUAAGAUCAGAGCACCUCAUAUUUUUCUAAUUGUUUUGCCAAAAAUUGUCAUGUCUUGUCACAGAGCGUGUGGAAUUCAUCCACCUUAUUUUAAAGAAAUUGACUACAAACCUUCAGUUUGGUGAAACAGUGUAAGGGUUUCAGGUGUGACAAGAAGAGACUGAACAGAUGUAUAGAUUCUUAUUCCUUAUGAGCUAAACAUUAAUGAGAACUGCACUAAUUUUUUUACAGCAAUGCACUAAAAACAACCCUGAGAUUGCUGAGAACAUUUAUUUAUAUAUAUAAAUAUAAGUAUAUAAAAUA